UAGUCGCGGAAGGCAUGCGGUUACCCCGUGCGGUACUAUCUGGACUGGAUGUGAACAAGACCAACACGUGCUUCAGUCGCCGUGACUACCAAGUUUUGGCGGGGAAUAACUCGACGGAGGAAUUUCCAUUCAUUAUAUCAGUGUUUGCGAAUGAAAAAUCUAUUCUAUGGCGACCAACCAUAACAUGUAGAUGCAAUCGAUGUCUAACAUUUCGUAAAGGACACACAAGGACGGAACAAUCUGAGUCAUAUUCACGGCAUUCUUUACAUGGAUUUCAGUUUUGAAAUAUCGUGAAUAAUGACACUAUGUCGAGUCCGGCCAGGCAAAUGAACACUAGGCGUUUGCCUCCGCUACCAGGGGUGAACAAAAAGGGAAGCACGAGUCCAAAAAUGGCCGCGCGGUUUCAUCAAGGGACGUCACCUUCGUAUUACAAGAGCCCGUAUGCGUAUAACUCGGCGGGCCGCUAUAACCAUCUGGGACAACCAGACAUGGUCGUGAAAGCCGCCAAGCAUAUCUCUAGCACACGUUAUAGCAAAUCUCCAAAUAAGCCUGGUAUGGCUUCUAAAGGUCACAGUCCACAUGCACAUCUGAAUGGAAGCCACGGAGGCAGGGGAGGUGAGGGCAAGUCGACGGGAGAGGUUAAGACACCGCCAGACCUUCACCAGGACCAGGUGACGUCUUACCUACAAGACAACCCCGAGUUCCUCGAAAAAUACGUCCUUUCUCACGUGAGUCAGGACCAGCUGGAGAGAUGGAUCAUACGACGGUCGCACCAUCAAAAACAGAACAAACACAAAAAUAGUAACGACUUAUCAGUUUCAGAAGAACCAAAUGAUGAUAGAAGAACAAGUUUAUCAAAAUGGAAGUUCUGUGUGCACGCCGACAAGCGGAAAAUGCUCCAAGAGCUUACGCGGGACAUUCAUCAACAUCCAAACAAGGCACAGGUGCUUAACGAACUCACCACAUGUGUAGCAUCAGUGGUCAAUGCUGAUGGGUACAAUCUUUAUCUCAUAGAUGAAAACAGUCAGGAACUUUAUUGUUUCAAUCCAAACACAAACAACAACAAAACCUCAUCAUUUUCACAAAGAGUGGGCCGUGGUACUUGUAUAGCAGCCUACGUAGCAGAGACCAAAGAAACAGUACGAAUAAAUGAAAUUUUAGGGGAUGAAAGGUUUCCCGAGGGAGUUGCAAUAAAUGGAGAACAUGCUCAAUCAGUAUUAGCGCAGCCUAUCACACACUCGAAUGGAGAAGUUGUAGGGGUGGUAGAGCUGUACCGGACUGCAGGGAAUCCAUCGUUUGCAGAGGAAGAUGAAGAAAUCACCAGCAGUUACAUAAUAUGGGGACAAGUAGGCGUCCAAUGUGCUGAGAAAUCAAAUGCAGAGGAGAUGUAUCACAGCAUGACCACUCAGAGAAAGUUGAACGAUUUUCUCUUGGCUGUCACAAAGUCAAUAUUUCAAGACAUUGUGAGCAUGGACAUGGUCAUCAUGAAGAUCAUGAAUUAUGCGAAAACACUAGUGAAUGCGGACCGGGCAUCGCUCUUUCUACUCGAUCCCCAUUCGCAAGAGUUGUAUGCCCGCAUCUUCGACACGGGUAACAUCGAUGAAUCGGAAGAGGCGGGCUUACAGUGCGACAAAGAAAUCAGGUUUCCCAUGGACAAGGGCAUAGCUGGUCAUGUGGCCUCAACAGGGGAAACGUUGAAUAUUCCAGAUGCCUACCAGGAUGAAAGAUUUAACAGGGAUGUUGAUCUUCAGACUGGUUAUACUACGACAACAAUACUCUGCAUGCCUAUCCUCAUCAAGGGAAGCAUCAUCGGUGUGGUACAGAUGGUGAACAAGCUACACGGUACCUUCAACACAUCGGACGAGGAGUCCUUCGAAACGUUCGCCGUUUACUGCGGGCUUGCCCUCCACCACGCCAAACUCUACGAGAAGAUCCGCCGCUCCGAGCAAAAGUACAAAGUAGCGCUCGAAGUGCUGUCAUACCACAGUCAGUGUUCAGACCAGGAGUUGGGGGCGCUCAAGUCAAAACACCUGCCAGAACAAAUGCCAGAAAUCUGCUCGUACCAGUUCUCGCCAUGGGCCAUCGACGGUGAUAACAAACCAUUGGUGGUGAUCUACAUGUUCCAGGAUUUGUUCAGAAUGCAGCGUAAUGACCAACAAAAACCAAUCAGGGACCCAGAUAAUGAAGAAAGGUUCGAGCUGGAUAGCUUAAUGCGGUUUACAUUAACCGUACGGAAGAACUACCGGAAUGUACCCUACCACAACUGGGCGCAUGCGUUCUCCGUGGCACACGCCAUGUUUACCGUCAUCAAAACCACGGAAAACACUUUUACUCCUCUAGAACGCCUGGCCCUGUUUGUUGCAUGUCUAUGCCACGACCUUGACCACCGUGGAAAGACAAAUGCAUUCAUGGUCAAAAGCGCCUCACCCCUGGCAGCUAUCUAUUCCACCUCGACCAUGGAACACCAUCAUUUCAAUCAAACUGUCACAAUACUACAGCACGAUGGCCAUAACAUAUUCAAGCACUUAUCCUCAGAUGAAUACAAGCAGGUUCUCGGUGACAUCCGCCACUGCAUCUUAGCAACAGACUUGGCCCUUUUCUUUGGAAAUCGAGCCAAAUUACGCGAGAUUGUGGACAAAAAUGAGUUCCAUUGGGAAGAAGAUGAACACAGACGCCUUAUCAUGGAGCUGUGCAUGACAGCAUCCGAUCUUUGUGCCAUGUUUAAACCUUGGCAGAUGCAGAAAGAUGUCGUCCAUAUCAUUAUGGAGGAAUUUUGGCAACAGGGAGACGAGGAGAAGCGUAACGGAGGCACACCCAUGGCUAUGAUGGACCGUGACAAAGCGGACGAGUUGCCCAACAGCCAGGUUGGCUUCAUCGUUGGUAUCUGCCUGCCAUGCUAUGAGCUGUUGGCAUUAGUCAUGCCCGAGACUACACCCAUGGUUGAAGGAGCAAGGGACAACCUGAAGCGAUGGAAAGAAUUAGCUGAAAAACACAAGGAGGAUAGAGAAGCAAAAGAGGCAUUGGAAGGGAAAGCUGAGGAGAGCUAGGGGGAGGUUCCAGGGUGACCUGACCUAUCCCUGAAUUCGGAUGUGACAUAGACAUUUAAAGCAGAGAAAUGUUUAAAAUGGACUCAGGAAUUGUGAUUCAGACUUAGAGAUGUGCCUCUACAUGUAGGAUGUUGUAAGCUGUACGGACAAUGCUGAGUGGUCCACAAUGCAGGAUGAACAUGAGCUGCCUGGUGUAGAAAUAGGGUCGUGUGACCAAGGUGAUCUGUCUGCCUAGAUCCAUGGAAACUGAAAACUUGGGGCCCUGGUAGCAGGAGCCAGGUCAGUUAUGGACCUGUUCUCUUGAAACUCGUUGCUUGGGUUAGUGAUUUGACAAUUGAAAUCCUGAUCAUGAUUAGAAAAUGGCCACAUUCAGUUGAUUAAUUGAAGGGGAACAGAUAUGGAGAAGGAGGAGUUGAAAAAUGUAUAGGAAGGGUGCAUCGUGUCGAAUUGAGUUAAGACCAUGUUUGAAUUCGUUUGUGAAAAUGCCAAAUGUGUUGGUGUUAGUCUGUGAUGGAAAAUUCAGGUUUUGAUGACGUUAAACUUGGAUAAAAUGUGAUAAGACUUUGUUAUGAAAUGACAGUUGAGCCAGACGCACCCGAUGUCAAAAACAGUGCCACUUGGAAAAAAGCAUUCAGAUUUAUAGAUUUCCCUGUAAAGGGAACGUGACUUGAGAUGUUGGGGCUGUGGAGCGUUGGACCAGUAUACAUAUGGAGAAAUUUCUGUACCCAUGACAUCAUCACAAUAGGUGUAUACAGUGUAUGUAGUUACCAUGGCGAUUUAGAAACAUCCUGUUUUAACCUCAGUCAUUGCAAGUCAUCAUGUGGUUCCAUUCAUUGCCGUAGGAAUUGGAAGCGGGGUCAUCAUCUUUGGAAAUGGAGCAAGUUGGCAAUAUAUUCCCCUACCACAUUUCUGAUUGUGAGGUGGGGUGUAUUUUCUUAAUGCCUGUCUUGUUCUAGUUAGAUAGUUUAUCUUAAGGUCCAACUUACUGGUCUGAAUCAUUCAUGUUUUCUCAUCUCAUCUCAUCAAAUAUAAUUGAUUAGUAUUUCAUCUGUCUACAAAAUUCAGAGUAGGGCGGAGCCCACAAUUCUCAAAUACCUUUAAUUGGACAUGUUGGAAUAGGGACCACUUAAUAUUGAAAUUGAAAAGAAGCCAUGGAAGCCAUGAAAAACCAACAUAUCUCAUUCCCGAGGUGUACCUUGUCAAUUUCUUUCUUUCUAUAUGUUUACAUGUACUAUUUUAUCAACAAGACACCAAGCCAAGACAAUGAAAGAGUUAGAGCCGUUCUUGCAGUGGUACCCUUCUCUAUGUUGGAUAAUUAGUCCAGCUUCCCAACUUAGUGAGCUGUCUUGUGCUAAGAAAGGAGAAAGCUUUACAAUGAUGUUGAAAAAAUUGCAUUCAUGGAGUGUUUGACGAAAGUAGGUUUUAUGAUAUGUAUGCAUCAUGAGUCUAAGGCAUCACCAAUCUGUUCUGCUGAUACCAACAUAUUGCAAAAUAUGCAUGAAGGAAUUUUCAAAUUUUCCUGGUCUUCUCUCAGGUCUUUCCCAGGGCUGGCUACUCAGCAGUUGGAAGGCCUGGCAUUCUCCCCUGGCAUAAAUACAUACAUUCUCAACAGGUUGAUGAUACAUGUAACACAAAGUUAUUAUCGUGUAAACUGGUCUUUUUAACCAUUUUGUAAAUUUCUCCUAUUCCUGAGACAUCAUCACAUUGUACAAAGUAUAGUUGUUGAAAGUUAUUUUCAUGUACAUGUAGGGUUAUUUAGUAUAUAAUUGCAUUCAAUAUGCAUUUUGAUGCAUUGUACAUUUUUAAGUUAUUGAUUGGAAACAUGCUUACACAUUUUAUGUUAAUUUGUGUAGGCGUAAAGUAAUGUUAAUUAUUAUUGUAUAUUGUUGUAAUUAUUGACAAUAAAUUAAUCUAUUGUUGUUGUAAUUAUUCAACGGGUAAUAGUAGAGCACAUCAUGCCAGUGAUAAAUUUGUCAAAUGAUGAAAAUAGCAUCCUACAAUGAUAGCUUAAAUGACUACUCACUCCGUUCAUUUUCAAAAAUUAAAAAAAAUUAAACUUAAAUUUGAAAUUGAAAUUUAGUGAGCUGUCUUGUCCUUGAAAGAAGAAUGGUUGUUAGGUACAUGCACUGUAUUUCUGUUACAAAAUAAAGGACACCCUUGGAGCUGUCCUGAUUAGAGACACCCUCAGGACUAACAAGAAAUGUCCUUCAUAAAGAGCUGUCCUGAUUAGAGAGGUCAAAAUGAAUGGAUACAACCAAUUUGAGACCACAGUUAGUGUCCGUAAUGAAGAAUGCAUCCUUAUUAAAGAGGUGUCUGCUAAGGAAGGUUCCACAGUAUAUACAAAAUGGCCAUGUGAUCGUUGUGUGCACUUUCUAUGACACACCCUGAAUGUUCAAGUGCAUUCAAGGUUAUUUGAAAAUACAUUGGAUUUUACCAGACAUUCAUGGACACUUCUGUUAUUGAUAUUAACCUUUUAGAAAAAAACACAUUCUUCUUGAACUGUGGCCACAAGGGUACCAUAUCAAUAUUCAUAGGUAUUGCAAAUGUUGUUUGAAGAUGUGUUUGUCUGGUGAAAUUUGAAGCAUUGCCCUUUAAACUGGAGGGGUCCUCCUUCUUCAAUCAUAUCCUUUAAAGUGUUGAAAAUCUAUCAAGUAGAAGUUAUUGUCAUUAGUUAAAGGGACUAUAGGCAGCAGUAAAGUAGGCAUGAUAAAGUUAAAUGAAGUUGCCAAUAGGGAUCUCUCCCAUCUGACAGUUUAUAUGUCCAAACUAUCCAGGCUUGUACAAGGAAUAUAUUUAGUGGUGAAUCAAACAUGCCCAAGUGCCCUCACUGUGCAUAUUUAUCACCCGAAGAUGGCCAAUGUAACCCUCUUCUUUGCCUAUAGCCCCCCUUUAAAGUACUGUUAAUCUCAUCCAUCAUUUCAAAGUGUUUGUCAGCCAUUGAUUCAAAUAAGAAAAACAUCAGAUAGAAAUUAAA